UGUAGAUCAAGGUAGAUAGUUUGACAGAUGAGGAAACCGAGGUACAUUAAGGAAUAUGACAAGCACACUCAGCCAGUGACCAAGGUGGCAUUUGAAUUCACAUCCUCUAACUCUAAGCUCUUUCUGCCUCAGGGGAGUUUAAUUUGAUGUUUAGGUCAUGAAGAGCUAUGGUAGGUUCUUGAGUAAGAGAGAAAUAGGUGAAGUUCCAUUAAAGGAAUUCAUCUGACUGGGUGUUCGGGGUGUACUGGAAUAGAGGCAAAUUCACUCUCUCAUUGCAGUCAUUUGGAAGCCAAGUCUUGGCCUCUAUGACAUUGAAAAGUCUUAGCCUGGCACUGACCUCCUUCCCCGUCCUGACCUUGGCCCUGGCUGUUACAGGGGAGCUGGCUGCAUCCAGUGACCAGGCAGAUGUGCUUGCAGCAGAGUUCCUUCCAACCUGCCCAGUUCCUACUGCUGGUGGGGGUUCUGGUGGCAAGUGUCCUCCUUCUGGUCCAGUGCCUUCGACGGCAUUGUCCUUGCUGGAUGCUGCAGGCCUUCUGGAAGCUGGAUAGGCAAGAGGAGCCAGUGUCUGAACCCCCACCCCUACCAGAAAAUGAGUCCUCAAGGCCGUGCCCACCAGCCUCCCUGUCGGAGAUGGCUGCCUUCUAUCAGGAACUGCACAUGCCCACCAAGGGCCACACCGUCAUCCGUCAGCUGAUGCACAAGCUGUUGGUGUUUUCGGCUCGAGAGGUGGAUCAUCGUGGCGGCUGCCUGAUACUCCAGGACACGGGCAUCUCUCUGCUCAUCCCGCCAGGUGCUGUGGCUGUGGGCCGCCAGGAGCGGGUGUCAUUGAUUCUGGUGUGGGACCUGUCGGAUGCCCCAUCACUGUCCCGAGCCCAGGCCCUGGUGAGCCCUGUGGUGGCAUGUGGACCCCAUGGGGCCUCCUUCCUGAAGCCCUGCACCCUCACCUUCAAGCACUGUGCGCAGCAGCCUGGCCACACCCGCACCUACAGCAGCAACACGAACCUGCUUGAAGCUAAGGCCUGGAAGCCCCUGGAACAGUCAGGGGUCCACACCUCCCUGGACGAGUGUCGCAUCAACCUCUCCCACUUCAGCCUCUACACCUGUGUGCUGGAGGCACCGGCAGGACGAGAAGCUCGAAAGUGGCUACAGCUGGCGGUGUUUUGCUCACCACUGGCACCAGGGCAGACCCACCUGCAGCUGCGUGUCUACUUCCUCAACAACACCCCCUGCGCCCUGCAGUGGGCCUUGACCAAUGAGCAGCCCCAUGGCGGCCGCCUACGUGGGCCAUGCCAGCUCUUCGACUUCACUGGGGCUCGAGGGGACCAGUAUCUAAAGCUCAAGUACAUCUCUGAGGGUUGGGAGAAUGUGGAUGACAGCAGUUGCCAGCUGGUUCCCCAUCUCCACAUCUGGCACGGAAAGUGCCCUUUCCGCUCCUUCUGCUUCCGGAGAAAAGCAGCCAAUGAGAACGAGGACUGCUCAGCACUAACCAAUGAGAUCAUCGUCACUAUGCACACCUUCCAAGAUGGCUUGGAGACGAAGUACAUGGAAAUCCUCAGAUUCCAGGCAUCAGAGGAGGAAACCUGGGCAGCGCCACCCCCUGUCUCCCAGCCACCUCCAUGCAAUAGGUUACCUCCCGAGCUCUUUGAGCAGCUACAGAUGUUGCUGGAGCCAAACAGCAUCACAGGCAAUGACUGGAGGAAACUGGCUACUCACCUGGGGCUCUGUGGCAUGAAGAUUCGGUUCCUGUCCUGUCAACGAAGCCCCGCGGCGGCCAUCCUAGAGCUUUUUGAGGAGCAGAACGGCAGCCUACAGGAGCUGCAUUACCUCAUGACCGUCAUGGAGCGGCUGGACUGUGCUUCUGUCAUCCAGAACUACCUGAGCCAGACGAGUGUCAACAGCCCAGCCCCGGUCCGCGGGGGCGCCCAGGAGAACCAGGGCCUGGAGCUGGAGCUGCAGCUGGAGAAGCUCUGAGUGCCCCACCACCUGGGGUGGGGCGCAGUCUGCAGCCUUCUA